ACCCCUGCUCUGCUCGUCUGUGCUGCUGUUGAACUUUAGCCUCCCAAAACCCAAAUCCCCUCGGCGAACUGAGGACUGGUUCUCUGCUCGGGACCUCGACUCUCGCUUCGCGAAGGCAUCCCUGUUUCCCAAGCCAACUUCACAAUAGCUUCCCUUUCUCUCCCUCUGGUCUAGCCCAACACCCCGAUUCAUCGCUCCCGGCUCUCGUUCACUGAUCGCUGCAUCGAAAAUGGCUUUCAUUUGCUUUUAGGCUUCCUAAGAUCAACCCUCUUAGUUUCCGAACCCAGAAUUUACCAAAUCUUAAUCUACCUUAUCCAAUUGGUCAAUAUGGCUAUCCGUGUCACCGUCACCUACUCCGGCUACGUUGCCCAGAACCUAGCCUCCAACGCCGGUUUCCGUCUCGGAUCUUGCUCCUCCCGAUCCGUCCACGAAUGCUGGCUCCGAUCCCGUUUCCUUUCCCCCAACAAAAAAUCCGACAUCGAUCCUUCCCCUGCCCGUAACUACCACGCCGCCGAUCUCCGCCACCCACGGUCGAGCAUGUGCUCGACCCUCGCCGCAGAGAUCCUUAAAGAUGGUUGCAAUAACCCGAUUAUCGUUGGUUUGAUCUCGCUGAUGAAGUCAACGGCUUAUGGUUCUUGUUCCUCUUCUACUACUGUGGGACUUUGCGGAAUUUCUCCUUUUAAAGCCACUUCGAUCAUCUCUUUCUUGCAGGCAUCGAAGUGGCUGCCGUGUAAUGAGCCGGCUUCGGUCGGACCGGAGAGUAGUGAGGUGGAUAGAGGAGGAACAAGCAAUGAGGAUCGAAGUUUGAGUUUGGAGUUGGAUCCCAAAGGGUUUGUUAAAAGCAGUUGGAUUUCGAGGUUGCUAAAUGUUUGCUCCGAAGAUGCCAAGGCUGCUUUGACUGCUGUAACUGUAAGUAUACUCUUCCGGUCGUUUAUGGCUGAGCCAAGGUCAAUUCCGUCAACUUCUAUGUACCCUACCUUGGAUGUUGGCGACCGCGUUUUGGCUGAGAAGGUUUCAUAUUUCUUUAGAAAGCCUGAAGUUUCCGAUAUUGUUAUAUUCAGGGCACCUCCUAUAUUGCAGGAAAUUGGUUUCAGUUCAGGGGAUGUGUUUAUAAAAAGAAUAGUGGCGAAGGCUGGAGACUGUGUUGAAGUUCGUGAUGGCAAGCUGUUAAUAAAUGGUGUUGCUCAAGAUGAAGAUUUUGUUCUAGAGCCAUUAGCUUAUGAAAUGGAUCCAGUGGUUGUGCCCGAAGGUUAUGUUUUUGUAUUGGGAGAUAAUCGCAAUAACAGUUUUGAUUCCCAUAACUGGGGUCCACUUCCCAUCGAAAACAUUGUUGGUAGAUCUGUAUUUCGCUAUUGGCCUCCAUCCAAAGUUUCAGAUACUAUACAUGAUCCACAUGUGGGGAAGAUUGCUGUAGCAGUUUCUGAUGUAUUGGAGAAGAUUGCUUUGAAGCAGGAAUGGGAGUUGGAAGGGCUUAACUUUUCGAAAUUGGAAGUGAGCAAGGCUAGGUUUGGGGCUGGCAAAAGAUACGAGUUUCGGAUCCGAUUUGGAAAGACUCAUCUGCUCUUCAAAUUCCCCGACGAAGUAUCUUCCUGGAGCAAGUUCAGAAAAGGAAGUGGUGGCGAUUUCCUUGAUUUUGUCAAGGAAAUUAAUUCCACAGCGGGGCUCGAUUCCUUUAAAAUGGAAGGUCCCUUUGAGUUACGCCUCGCUCCCAAUCACCAAGCUUCCCUCCUUUUGCCGCUGAACACAUCGCAUACUGAUCUGAAACGGGUCCUUGUUGGGGAAGGCAUCACUGUUGAAGUAAGUGGAGCUCAAGAAGUCUCUCUUUUCCACGCGUUUAGUUUUGGUUUACCUGUGAAUGAAAGUGAAGUCGAGGAGAAAACUGGAUAUUGGCCCUUUCGGCAGUCAUUCUGCAUGCCAUUGCUUCCUGUGAAUGUUUUAGGGUCGGUAUCUCUUGUUGCCUACCAGACUCGAAACCCUGAUGCCCAAAUCGAAGCUGUUUUCCUAUCCUCGGAUACUAUUGAGCUGCUACCCGAAAAGUGCUAUGGUGAUCGUGCUUACAUGAAACAGUCUUAUCCUAUGGAUUCAAUAAGUUUGAGGAUAUCCAAGCUACGAAAGGUCCUGAGGACCUUUUUAGGUGACAGAGACAACGGAAAUGGUUUUUCCAGUUCUCUUAAUGUGAAAACUAAAGCGUCACCUAUUAUUCAUUUCCAGCUAGAGCUGGAGAAAACCAUUGGGAAGAAUGAGAGUGUUCGUGGUAUGUUAGCUGAGUGGAGGUCGAAGCCAACUGUUGAACGCCUUUGGUUUGAUGUAACGGCAAGGAUUGAAGCAGAGAAGUUGAAGCCCCUUAUGAUGAAGAAGGUCAGACCUUUUGUUGGUGUAGAUACAGUCUCAUGGAGUAAUUUGUUGUCAAACAUUUCUUUUACAAAGUUCCCAUCUAUUCUUGUCCCUCCUGAGGCUUUGACACUGGAUGUCAAAUGGUAGUAAAAAACCUCGUAAGAUGGUUUUAUUUCUGGUGAAGUUUACAGAUCAAUGCAAUGCGCCAUCAGUCAUCUUGUCCAUUCCACGGUCACGGGUGUAAGAUAUGCAUGUCAGUUACAUGGAAAGCAUCCUUGAUUGGUGUUGUAAAUAGUAAUUACAAAGAAAAAAGAAGGGAGUGGUGAAAGAACUUCCACUCAUUUGCAUUGCCUUUACUCCUUUACUGUACAAUAACAACAAUAUUAGCAUCUCUGUUUCUUGUUAACUUGUAUUAUAGGCAGCAGGUCAAGCUUCUAAUUUUAGGCAAAGAUGGACCUCAAACUGUUUGUUUAGAGAUUAUUCACCGCCCUUACCCCAAUUAUCUUGUAUCUAUAAAAGUUUAACUCAAGCCA